CUGGAUUUUGAAAAUUCGUUGUAUGAACAGUACAUGUAAAAACAGAAAUUCUAUUUCCGGCAAAUAUUUUGGGGUUUGACUUAUUCCGUUUCCAAAUGUCAAGCGACGAAACAAGCAAAAAGGCAAACGAAUUGAGAGCCAAAAAUGAGCAAUUAUGGUCAAUUCUGCCUCUCAUUACUAACCAAAUGCAAAACCCUUGAUUCCUUCAAGCAAAUUCACGCCCAAGUCUUUACAAAUGGCCUCCACGCUGACCGUUUUGUCGCCGGAAAACUCAUCCUCCACUGCUCUAUAAACCUCUCCGGCGCCGCCCUGAACUACGGUUUCUGCAUUUUUAACAAAACUCCGAACCCAGAUGUAUUUAUGUGGAAUACCCUUAUUCGUGGACUGGCCGAAUCAGAUACGCCGGAAACGUCACUCCAUAUGUUCAUUCACAUGCUUCGGAACUCGAACUUUCUCCCUGAUAGUUUCUCUUUCGCUUUUACUCUAAAAGGAGCUGCGAAUUUGAAGUGUUUGAAGAGUGGAUCCCAGCUUCAUUGUCAAGCUUUCUUACGCGGCUUUAGUUCCCAUAUUUUUGUUGGGACUACUUUGGUGAGUGUAUGUGGAAUGUGGAUUGGUUUUUAUGUCCAAGGCUGUGUUUGAUGAAAUGCCUGAACCAAAUGUAGUGGCUUGGAAUGCUCUGCUGACGGCUUAUAUUAGGUGUAAUGAUGUAAUGGGUGCCGAAAGACUGUUUUAUUUGAUGCCUUUUCGGGACUUGACAACGAUGAAUUUGAUGCUUGCAGGGUAUACGAAGUCGGGUAAACUUGAUCUUGCCAAGAAGUUGUUCUCGGGUAUGCUAGUCAAAGACGAUGUUUCUUGGAGUACUAUGAUUUUUGGGUUAUCUCAUGCUGGUAAUUACGUGGAGUCAUUUAGGUGUUUCAGGGAGUUACUGAGGUUGGGGCUGACACCUAAUCAAGUUAGCUUAUCUCAGGUUCUAUCUACCUGUGCACACACUGGUGACUUUGAGUUUGGGAAAGUUUUGCACUCAUUGAUAGAGAAGCUGGGGUUGGCUUGGAUUCCUUCUGUGAACAAUGCACUCCUGGACGCUUAUUCUAAGUGCGGAAAUCUGGAAAUGGCGUAUUUGGUCUUUGAGAGAAUGCCAAUGAAGAAAAAUAUUGUUUCUUGGACUUCAAUCAUCACAGGGCUUGCAAUUCAAGGUUAUGGCGAGGAAGCCAUUAGAAUGUUUAAUGCGAUGAAGGGAUCUGGUGUUAGACCUGACGAGAUCGCUUUUGUUUCUAUCCUUGAUGCAUGUAGUCACGCUGGCCUUAUUGAACAAGGGGAGAAAAUCUUCUCUAUGAUGUCAAACUAUUUUGGAGUUGAUCCAACUAUUGAACAUUAUGGCUGUAUGGUAGAUUUAUAUGGAAGAUCUGGUCAGUUGCGGAAAGCUUAUGAUUUUUUAGUUCAAAUGCCAAUUCCUGCAACAGCUGUAAUUUGGCGGAUAAUUCUAGGGGCUUGCAGCCUUUUUGGAAAUGUCGAAAUUGCUGAACGUGCGAAUGAGAGGCUUGCUGCACUGGAUCCUGCUAAUCCCGGUGACUGUGUUUUAAUUUCAAAUAUCUAUGCUCAUGUCGGAGAGCAAAAGCAUGUCGUCUCUUUACGGCAAUCAAUGGUGGAGCAGAAUAUCAGAAAAACUCCAGGUUGGAGCAUGAUUUAGAUAUAUGGAGAACUAAGAAUGUGACCAUAGAUUUGCAAUUUGUGAGGGCUUAAAGGCACACUUUCGCUCUUCAGAAGGACGAACUACACCUAAUGAAAAGCUUCGAGCGGUCUUCUUCCUUUCCAAUUAUAUAGAUCACAGUGCCAGGUCUUCAUCUUCCCAGCAAUUCUAGACCAAAGAAAAGGGUCUUAAGAUUUGUGAAAUAGGAGAGUUGCCAGCUCUUUAACCCAAGGAAAUCACAGAAGCAAGCGGUUCAGGUGAUUGAGUUUCUUUCUUUUUUUCUUUUUUUUUGUGAUUCUUGAAUUAAAUUAUGACACAGGGUUUUUAGGAUCUAGAUGUGAAGAAGGAAAAGCAAUCAUUAUAUAGUACUAGUACUCAACCAGCAGUAACAUAUGGUACUGAAAGAUUUCAGCUUAUCAACAAAUCUCGAAAUCUGAUAGGUGCAUAUUCAGAAUAAACAUGUCAUUAUAUCAUAGUUACCACGCUAAUUCAUAUAUCAUUAGCCAAUAACUAAACUUCUCAUUAUUGGUAACCUUCACCUCCGAACAAGUCAUUUGAUUUCCAUUCUUUUAAUAUGCACCAUUAACUGAGUCCUCCAUAACUAGAGCAUGGAAGAUGCAUGCUAGACCUAUCCAUGAAUAUUAAUUCUCGACUUAGCUUAAAGUAACUAAGAGGUAAACAAGGAUCAAGCCCAAUUGUAGACCAAUCAAUGUAUUGUAAAUGGAAGAUCAUAUGCCAUCCCUUGUGUGUAAUGAUUCUUCUCAGUUUUGUUUUCAAACAAUUGAACAAUUAGAACUUGUGUAUUAGAGUAGAUUAUUGUGGUGAUGUAUGGUAAAUCUCUCAACAAGACUAGAUAGUUACGGAAGACAAACACUGAGCCAGCUUUAUUCUUUUGUUCCCUCAUCUAAAUUAUAGUGGUCAGAGGAAGGGACUUUGACUUCAGACAGUAAACAGUAACCUCUCAAGAUCAAUUGGAAGGCAGAUAGCAUUUAUGUAAUCCAUACUUAGGAGCUGGCAAUAUUUGCUCUUCCGAAAUCCUAAUGUGCAUUAGUGUCGUGAAACUCAAAAUAACAUUUACCAAGCAUUCUCACUUCCACGCCAUAGAAUACAAAAUUACAAUUGUGCUGUUACACAGGCAUCAGAGCAGCCCUGAUAAACCUUAUAUGCAAUAAUAUAGAUUUGAAAAGUUAUAGUUCAUCAAACAUGCUACCAACAGAAGUUGAAAUGUUGUAGGUGCAAGAGUAAUGGAACGACUGCACACGCGUGUAAUUCGCAUUACAACACUACGGGGAUAUAAUUGGGUUUACCUUUUCAAUCCAUCCCUGUGAUAAUGCUUAUGUUUCGGAGGGUGAAUAAGAAUCUUCAUAUCCACAUUCCCAUGCUCACUUGUUCUGCCUGAAUUUGCUUUGUUGAACUCGUCGCUGAUUCACAAAGUGACACCUCAAUCAUUUGAAGAGUUCCUCAAGGAGCGAGCGUUCUCGCAAUUCUAAUUUCUCAAGGUAGGGGGAAUUAUCAUCCCUGGAAACUUCCAUCUUACCAAAUCUGAUACUUCCAACCUUUAAACUCUGAGUUUAGGAAACUUCCUUUCUUCCAUAUCCCAUAUGUGUCCUGUAAACGCAUUGUAUGUUAAGGAUCUCCAGAUUUCGUAAUCUAUCAAUUGAUACAAUUUUAUUCCAUGAAAGCCUAAAGUCUGAAAGGACUAGCUUUUUUUUAGAUUUAGGGGAAAUGGAAAUCUCAAUUUCACAAAACCUGAAAAAAAUGGUGAGUUUCUAGUCCACUAAGAAACUCUAGGGCUAGCACCAUGCAGGCAUGCAGCAGUCCAUGUUGCACCCAUCUCCCUAAUGGGCUUGCAUGUAAGUCUUCCAGUAUUUGGAGGCUAUCUCAUUACCUCCACUAUUUGCCCACAGGAAAGCUUUACAGGAGUUUUGAAAUCUUUUAGACUGGAUUCAUGAUCAGAACUCUCUUCUGCAAAAUGAAAAUGAGCAAGCCCAUCAGUGAUACACAUGUGCAUAAUUUUUUUAUUAUUAUUAUUUUUUUUAUAUUCCAUACUGUAUCUGGUAGUGAAACAAAGCAUGACGGUCCUCUAAGAACAAAACUCUUCAAAUUAAUGAUAAUUUCUUUAUGUUGAAUUUCCAAGGCCAAGUACCUCAAAUGUACAAUUGCGGUUAUGCAGCCCACACUAAAAUCCCCUUAAAUCCAAGACUCGUAAAAGGUUACAAGGCCAAAAUUUAUACAUAACAUCAUAGACACACUCUCCAUGCCAUCUUUUAUGAUUAGAGUCAUGGAAUAACAGAGAGCCUAAGCGAGGACAAAGCAAUGUGGACUGUGCGAAAUCCUUGUCUCUCCCAGAUAGAACAUGCAAUCGAUAUAGUACACUAGGCUCUUUGGAAGUACCGAGCUCAUACCCCUUCAAGUAAUUGCAUGAAGUGUUCUUCCUUGCAUUUUUCCGUGCAAAAGGUGAACAAGAAGUCUUGAUGGAUGCACUAUUCUAAUUUCUACCUAGCCUCUGCAUCCUUUCUUAGCGACCAUAACUAGAUUUCUUUGAAUCAACUCCAUCAGAUAUCCCUAUGCAAUGUCCUCUAAACACUCACUUUUAGUUUUCCCCACAAAUCCUUAAGCAAUCCAUAGCCAUAACAAUUCAACAAGUAUUGGCUUAACCUCUUUAAACAUUCCAAAGUAAAGAAAGCAUGUCUUUAAAUAGACGUGAAAUGAGAAUAACUCAAGUUUUCAUGCACAGUUCAGUAGCAGGUGGAGUACCAAGAACAUGAUAGAACUAAGCUACAGAAUCUACCGUGUUAUUUGAUGUCAUGCCUUCUGUCAUUUGGAGGAUUUCCCAGAGACCAAGAGGUUUCCUUGAAGAGGCUGAUUUGGUAUUGGAUUGCUGAAGGCUUCGUGCGCAAGACUAGUUCAAUGAGCUUUGAAGAAGUUGCGACAGGUUUUUUGAAGAGUUUGAUGGACACCAAGAGAAGUUCCAGGGGAGGUGUCAAAGCUUGUUGCACUCAUGAUUUGAUACAUGGCUUCUGUUUGAGAAAAGCCCAAGAGGAACAUUUUUUCCCGCUGCUAAAUGGGAUAUCAGGAGCUUUCAUCUUUCAAUGAGCCAUUUGUCUGACAGCUACUUACUACCAUUUGGUUUCAGUAUUCAUCCAUUCAUGGUUUGUAUUAUUCGGCAUAUAUGCUCACUUCAAAUACACCUAUUUCAUUUUUUAAGUAAUAAAAUUGUUAUCAC